UGUGCAAGACUUUAGGCACAGUGGUGGAGGGGAUGCCAGGAGCUAGCUGUGCAAAGUGUAGGAGAGGUGGAUAUUUUCCAUCCCUGUGGUUUCUGUUGGUGAGCCCUUUCCUUUCCCUAACUGGAAAUAAGGAGUGCACCCUACACAGCUGGAAGAGGGCCUCCCUGGACUCGGGGUUGCAUCUCCUACUCCCAGCUUGUGUUAGGGCCAUGGGGUUAAUUACCCAAAGAAGCCUCUGGGAAUUGUUGCUGAAGUUAAGGGAAGUGAAAGUAACUGACUCAGCCCAGCUUAAAGGGAAAGAUCCCUUGCCUGGAGUUCACUGCACUGCAGUAAACUUAAACAUGUUUCUUUAGAAACCCGUAGAGAGGACAGUGCACAGAGAGUUUGCAGAUCACGGGGCCCAUUCGUGGUCUCUGGGCACUUGUGCUGUAACACAGAGUUCUGGCAAUAAACCCUCUAACCAACUGGCCUGCUGAUGUGUGGCCAAAGUACUGUGUGGAAAGAGUGUCAGAUGACCAGAGUAUGUGGGUGGGGGAGAAGGGGGGCUGGAUGUUUAUUUCAUUCUGACCCCUAUGUGAGAUCCAGGCGCGCGCUGUGUGUGUGCAUAGGAAUGGCUGGCCCGAGUGCGGAGCAGAGUCUGAAGGAAGAGCUGACCUGUGCCAUCUGCUAUGAGCUUUUCAGUGACCCUGUCAUGCUGGAAUGCAUGCACCAUUUCUGCAGGGCGUGCAUCCAAGGCUACUGGGCCAGGUGCCCCCGUGUGGCUUCCUGCCCCCAGUGCCGAAGGGAGUUCUCCAGCCGCACCUUUCGCCCCCACUAUCUGGUGUCUGGGGUGGUGGAGAAGGUGCGGAAGUGCAGCUCAGAGGACCACAAGAGAAAAAUGCAGAAACAUCUUGAAAAUGCGCUGCGAGCUCACCAGAGAGAGAUGGAGAACUUUGUGCGAAUGAAGCACACAGCAGAGGAGGAUAUUUGCAGUCUAACGAAAGCCUCCGGGGAGCUGAACUCUAAGAUUCGGGCAGAAUUUGAGCGACUUCAUCAAAUCCUGGAGGAAAAGGAGAGAGUUGUGUUGAUGGAGCUGGCCAAAGAGGAGGAGCAGUUAUUGUUGAGGCUGCGUGGGGACAUCAUGCAGCUGGAGGAGGGGAUCUCAGAGCUGGGAAAGAACAUUGAGCACAUACAGGAAAUCCUGAACAAGACGGGAGACUCAUUACUGCUGGAGGUGGAGAGCGUGGCUAUCAGGCCCCCAGUGCAUGUGGAGGCACAGCCCUCCCUGGACAUAGAGCGCCACAGAGACCGGUACAGCGGCCCCCUGCAAUACAUCUUCUGGAGACAAAUGCUACAGUCAAUCCACCCUGCUCCUGCCCCGCUGACAUUUGACCCCGAAUCAGCCCACCCUAACCUCAUCCUCUCCAAAGACCUGACGGCAGUGACGGAGAGCAACAGGCGCCAACCUGUCUGCAGCAGCCCCAAGCGCUUCCAGCAGUGUGUGAAUGUGCUGGGCUCCGAGACCUUGGACAGCGGGAGCCACUACUGGGAGGUCUGGGUGGGCAGCAAGACCAAGUGGGACCUGGGGGUGGCAGCAGAGUCCGUGGACCGGGCAGCCAAGGUCAAGCUGUGCCCUGAGAAUGGUUACUGGGCACUUCGUCUGAGGAACGGGACGGAGUAUUGGGCCACUGCCACCCCGUGGGUGCGCCUUGCCCCAAGGAGCUGUCUCCGGAAGGUGGGGGUCCUUCUGGACUGCAAAGAGGGGAAGGUGGCGUUCUACAACGCCGAAGACAUGACCCACCUCUUCACCUUCCACCAGGCUGCCGCACGCAGGUUCUGCCCCUUCUUCAGCACUUGCUUCAGCGAGGGCAAGCUGAACGUGGAGCCCAUGAGAAUCUGCCACCUGACUCUGUAAGGGUGAUAUUGGCGGGGGAGGGGGGGAGGAGGCAGUCUCCCAGGAAGCCAUGCAGAUACCAAAGAGACAACAUGUGGCCCUGAGAGCUGGUGUUGCUUUCUGGUUUGGUUGUAGUUGCUGCUGCUUGGACUGUCCCUGGAAUAGGAAUCACCUGCUAGAACAGCUCAAUUGGCCCCCCCCCGCACUAGUGCCUGGCCAUUUACUGUUUGAGCGAAUGUAGCCAAGGUGUGUGGACUCUGGUCAGUCUAAGCUGUAAAUCCCAAGCCUCUAGGGCAGAGUCAGGGAGAGUCUCUCCAUUUGUGGCUUUACCCUGUGGGGAGAGAAGAAGUGACUGAAUCUUAGUUCCCAGUAUUUUGUCUUCUGUUCCCUGCCUUGGCACAGGGGCGAGGGUCCUGGACUCUCACCUCAGCAGCUCAGCUUGAGCCAUAGCGUAUUGUGCACUGAGGUUUCUCCAGCAAAGAGAUGGUGCAUCUCGCUGCUUUACAAGCCUUAGAGCAGCCUCGUGCAGCAGCCAGUGACACUGAGGUGAACACAGCCCCCUCUCAGCAGCCGCUUUGGUACAGACUGUGAGAAGAUUCAAAGGAAACUAGGCAACCUAAGUGAACAAGCAGGAAUUGCACAAUGGAAGCAAUGAUUUGGAUUCUGUAUUGGUUGUAAUCACUCAGGAAAAGGCCAGGAGGCUCAUUAGGGACUCUUCAAAGGGCUCCCGCCUUUGUGGGACUAGAACAAGCAGGUAGACGUCAGGUGGUAAGUUCUAGGGAGCUCCUGGUCAGUGGGUAGGCGCCUGUUGCAUGGUGGGGAUUGCAUCUUCAUGACACAGUGGACAGCGCUGGCUGUGAGUGGAACAAGCAUGGGGGCAGGGGAUGGCUCUUCAAUGAUUUACUGAGAUUUUGCUGCUCUUCCUCUAUGAAUUGGAUCUGUGAAGUGGACACUGCCACUCUGGGUGGUUGCCACCCCCUCACACGCCUCCUGGCAGAAGUUAAGUCUUCUCCAGUGCUGCUCCGGAGACUACUGGGGGAGGCAGGUUUCUGAUCUGUUUAGAUUGUAAUCUCUUUGGAGCAGGAGCAGUGUUUUUGUUCUCUUUGUGUACAGCACCCGCAGCUCUCGCUGAAGUCAGUCAGAGGUGAGACCGCGGCGGCUCCCAGGGGGCACUCAGCGCCUUGCAGUAUUGAGCUCUAUGGCUGCUGGCAGAGAGGUUUGUUUGGGGGUUUAGGGAGACAGAGCUGCCCUAGUGCUGCAGUGUAGGUGCUGCAAGUCAGGCGCACUGCCAGUGAUGGGAGGUGGGGGGGAGCUAGGGUUUGAGUAGCAGGAGUGCUGAAGAUCAGACUUGGGCUACAUUGGCACAGGUGGAGGAGGGACCCAAGGGCUGGAGUAGCAGGGGGGCUGGAGGUGAAGGCUGGCAUGCAUUGGCAGAGCUGCGUGAGAACCGGCUUGUGCUGUGUGAUCAGCUAUUCGAUGCUGGGAUCUUAAAAUUCAUGUAAUCUUAAAAUCUUCUGCUACACAAUCCUCGGCAGGAAUGUCUUCGUUCUGCAGCCAGCACUUCUGAUCCCCAGCCCGUGCCCCGCUCUCACAUCAGUGCUUGAGCAGUUGGUAAACUGGCCUUUCAUCUAAUGUUGAUGCUUGAAGAAUUUCUUAAUCCCAGCUGUGGAAUUUCCUUCACUUGAAGUUUGUUUCCUCCGAGGAUACCAGGGAGGGGUUCCUGCUCCUGCUCCCUGCAUGGAAACAGGGUGGGCCAGCAGAGGGCACUCUCCACUAAGUGAAUGUAAUGAACAGCUCCAUGCUGACAGGCUAUUAUAGCUGCAGGUGAUUUAUAUGCUGUACUCUUAGCUGCUGUGCUGCUAUUAAAGCUUUUUAGAAAGA